GUCUUGUCUCUUCCACUACUCCUUAAAUUUGGCACAAAAGAUCUUUCAUUCUAUCAAACCGAUUGCCGUCGAUCUCAUGUAUUAUAGUAUUUGUGUUUACAGUUGAACGUUAUUAUUUAACCUUACUAUGGCGGACAAGAAAAAGAAAGUUUUUGCUUCGAAAGAUCUUGCAACGCCGAGACGGCCAGUAAUACUGAAAUCAGAUCGUGAGACUCCUAAAGAGCCAGCUAAAGAGAAGCAAGAGAUUCAACCUACUAUAAUACUGAAGACAAGAGAACAAAGUACACCUAAGGAGGAACGCCCACUAAGUCCUAAAACUUUAAAGGCUCAGUCGUUAGAAGCCGAUGGCCCUCAUAUAAGUAAAAUUGCCCAAAACGAGAAUAAGGAAAAAAAGACUAUAGAACAAAAACCUCCACCUCCUUUGAAGCUGAUGACUGAGCCCAUCAAAUUGCUGGAUGAAAACUUGGAGUUUAAUAAUGCUGCACUUGAGUUUCUGCAGGACUCCAGCACUAAUUACUUAGUAGUUGGAAUAAUAGGCACUCAAAGUGUAGGCAAGUCAAUGAUACUAAACCUGAUUGCCCUAAAUACUCCUACUGAAGACCUCUGUUCUCAAAUACUUCACUCCCAUGAAACAUCUGACAGUCAGUACGAAAUGAAUGAAACUGCAAUCGACUCUCAAAUGGAAAUUCUUGAGUUUGCCGAUAUCCACGAGAGCAAGAAAAAGGUUGAUAACAUCUUUAAAUUCAAAAUGCAGGAUAUUGAACAAAUUGAAAGAGGGGUUCACUGUACUAAAGGCGUAGACAUGUACGUAACAACAGACAGAGUGAUCCUCCUCGACUGCCAAGCUUUAUGGUCACCGUCGCUCAUCGAUGAGACUAACACGAACCCAGUGACAUCACGGAGUGCCAAUGUCGUCACCGUCGACUGCCUGCAGGUCGCCUCCUUUCUGAUGGCCAUAUGCCAUGUUGUUAUAGCUGUGCAAGAUUGGUUCACUGAUUACAAUAUUUUAAGGUAUAUACAAACGGCAGAAAUGCUCAAGCCGUCUCUCUCGGCAUCAAGCUCUGUCGCCAGUCAAGAGAGCUCUGAGUCCACGGCCAGUGGGGAGAGCAGCCCUCAUCUCCUGCUGUUACAGAAUAGAUGCCAACUUGAGGACUUCACUCCAGAAGCUGUUAAAAUAAUGCAGGAUGUUUACAGAAAAGCUUUCCAAAAAUCCAACCUACAGCUGAACUCCGGAAUGUACCUGUACAGUGACACGAAUAAAAAUGGUCUCAACGUAGACAAAGUAUGCAAGAGCUAUAGUGUGGACACCUGUGGAACUCCUAUCAAUUUGUUCUUAUUGCCUGAAAUUUAUCCUGAUUAUGAUAACCGUGAAAUAUAUAGAGGGCAUCCCACAUUUGAACACCUAGCAAAACGUCUUCGGUGGAUGGUGCUAGGAGUGAAUAGGCAUCAAAUUACGAACGUUCCCAACCUCUCUGAACGGAGUUGGUUCCACUACUGCAACAAAGCUUGGGAAACAAUCAGAAAAUGCACCUUCUUCAUGGAGUACGAAAGAUUUCUUCCCUGAGAAAGGAAAUCUGCCUUGUUACCGGAUAUGGUAACUUACUCUGAACAUCUGUCGAUAAAAAAACGCAAAAGAAACAGGUGUAUGAAAUGAUAACGAGGGUUUAUGUUAAAAGAUUGUAAUUAACGUAAUCAACACAGCUGUGUCUAAUGUUAAAUACCUAUCUAGUAUCAAUUAUUA